AUGGCGCAAGACUACGAUGACGUAGAAUACAUGAUGCGAAAACUGAUCGAAGAAUACAAGAAAUGGGUGUUGGAGGACGGUCAGACUAUCAAAAGCUGCGAAACCUACAAAUACCUGGGAAUGUAUAUAUCCAACAGUGGGACGUUAGACUACGCCAUUAAAGAACAAAAUAAUCAAGGCAGAAAGGCAAUUACUAUGCUGAACACCUUCUUGUGGGACCAAAAAAUCACGAGACGAAACAAACACCUAAUAUACAAUACGAUCAUUAAAAGCAUAGUCACAUAUAGCAGUGAAGUUUGGCCACCAAAAGAAAGAAACAUGAAAACGCUGGAGGCAACAAAGAUGGACUUUUGGAGAAAAGCGGCAGGAAGGUCAAGAACCGAAAGAGUCCCAAGCGAAGCAAUUCGCACAACCAUGAAGGUGGGCCACACGAUUUUAGACGAAAUAAGAACAAAACAGUUAAAGUGGUACGGACACGUCCAAAGAAUGGAAGAACAGCGACUGACUGGAGAGGACUGA